AGCGACCAUUGAAGCUUCCUUAAUCCACAUAAGCCAAUUCAAUUCAGCCAACCAACUUGGCCAAUUGAUACCCAAUUGCUCUUAAUCUUCAUUUCUGCCUCCAACUGCUGGCAGAGAGGCUAGGGACCUCUUCCCAGGCGGACAAGAUGGCAUCUCACUCUCGCAUUCUGCGUCUCUCUCGCUCCACGCCAUCAUUCCACAAUGCCGGACGACUUCGCUUCCAGCCCCCACGGCGACACGCCUCGACAGUUCCUCCAUCCUCCGAAACGCCUGUGCAAUCCUCUGUUCUUAGCCCAGGCGCCCGCGUCUUCCUCUACUCGGCAGCGACAGCAGUGACUGCCUAUGCAACAUACCUAUACGCGACCGACACCCGCGCCAACCUCCUGCACCGGUACAUCGUCCCGCCGCUGCUGCGUACCCUUGUCCCUGACGCCGAGGAUGCCCACCACUUUGGCACCGCGGCCAUGAAGGCCAUGUUCAACAUGGGACUGCACAUCCGCGAUCGCACCGUCGCGUCGGACGAGCCGAUCCUAGGCGUCACCGUCUUCGGCCGCAGGCUAGCCAACCCCGUCGGCAUCAGCGCCGGCCUCGACAAGGAUGCCCAGAUCCCCGACGCCCUCUUCGCCGUCGGCCCAGCCGUUGUCGAAGUCGGCGGCAUCACGCCGCACCCGCAAAAGGGCAACCCGCAGCCCCGCGUAUUCCGCGUCCCCACGCUCGAGGGCAUGGUCAACCGCUACGGGCUCAACAGCGCAGGCGCCGACGCUGUCGCCCGCACCCUCCGCGCCCGUCUGCGGUCCUUUGCGCGCGAAAACGGCCUGACCGAGGCCGACGUGCUGGAGGGCCGCGCGGGCGUCCCCGUCGGCUCCCUGGCUCCCGGCAGGCUGCUGUGCGUGCAGGUGGCAAAGGCCAAGGAGACGGACGAGGCCGACAUCCAGGCGGUGGCCAGGGACUACACGCGAUGCGUCGAGCGGCUCGCGCCCUACGCCGACGUGCUCGUCGUCAACGUCAGCAGCCCCAACACCCCCGGUCUGAGGGACUUGCAGCGCUCGGGCCCGCUGGCAAGCAUCCUGUCGGCUGUUGUGGGCGAGGCCAAGGCCGCGGCGGCUCGGUGCGGCAGGGCGGCCGACCCGCCUCGGGUCAUGGUGAAGGUCUCGCCCGACGAGGACUCGGACGCGCAGGUCGAGGGCGUGGUGGAGGCUGUGUGGGGCAGCGGAGUGGACGGCGUCAUCGUCGGCAACACGACCAAGCGCCGCGACGUCAUCCCCCCGCGCAUAGUGCUGUCCGGCAAGGAGGUUGAGAACCUGCACGAGACGGGCGGCUUCUCCGGCCCGGCCCUGUUCGACCGAACGAUGUCGCUAGUGGCCAAGUACCGCAAGGCGCUGGAUGGGCACUCGUUUAGCUCCGGAGCCGGCCGUCCUGCCGCGGCGGCGGUCGAGGCGGGUGCUAAUAUGGAGGAGGUCUCCGCACAGGCUGGUGCCGCGGCCGUCGUUGUUCCGCCGCCGACGAAGAAGGAGCGGGACGAGCAGAAGGUGAUCUUUGCCACGGGCGGUAUCACGAAUGGGGAGCAGGCCCUGGCGGUUUUGAAUGCGGGCGCCAGCGUGGCGAUGGUGUACACGGGGAUGGUGUACGGUGGUGCUGGCACGGUGACGAGGAUAAAGGGCGAGAUGAAGAAGCAGCUGACGCAGAGCUGAGAGUUUGGGGCGAACGAGGGCAGGUCUGUGUACCGAUAAAAAAAGGUCUAUCUAUUGUAGUUCGUGCAUAACAGUGGUGUGGAAAAGCUAGAAUAGAAGGGAAAAGUUGCCAUCAACCCCCCAGGGGAUUCGGUUCUAUGCAACUCCACUAUGAACACAUCUACUCUGGCCAUCAAUACAUCGAUACGCCAUACACGACGCGUCAAGAAAGAAAUUUUUCAAAGGAAAAGGUCCGUCGACAAAGAGAAUUUUGAUAGCUGAGGCAGAUAUCCACCUGGUGAAAGAACUACACGCUGUACAAAUUAUUCUACAAAAUGACACUGCUCAUCUGAACUAGAUCACCUUCUUCACCAUUCUAUCAUAGGACCACUUGCUAAACUCGACGCUCUUGACAUCAACCAACCUCGACGCGAUGUCAGCGACCCAAAAAAGCACCGGCCACAAGCCAAGAUACGCCAGCGCGACCCCCGCACCCCACCCGGCCGUCGUCUCCCUACCCGUCAGCGCCGUGCACCACCUGCCCAGGUGCCAGCCUAGCGAGAAGACGAUAGGGCCGUGGACUAGGUACAGCGCAUAGGAUAUCUUGCCCAGGUACUGCGCCGGACGGCUUGUAAAUAUACGUUGCAGAAAUGGGCCCGCACGAUCUAUGGUGAAGACGAGCAGCACCGCGCCCAGCGACAGCCACCAGUGGUUCUCUUCGUCCGGCCCGUAGUUGGCCGGGAUGUGAGACGUCAG